AUGCUGAGUGAGAGCCUGAACUGUAUUAUCUGUUUGCCCUUACAGCUGGUGAGUGAGCAACAAGAGAGCCGUCCGCUUUUAAGCCCAUCCAUCGAAGAUUUCCUCUGCGAGACCAAGUGUGAUGGGCUUUCCCGCGCAGUGACUUCCAACACAGCUGUUCUGUCUUCAACACUGGACCUGUUGGAUCUCAGUGAACCCGGCGAGAGGAGGAGCAGCAAGGACAAAAGGAGCCCUCUGUCGUCCCGGGUCAGCAGCCAGAAGAACAGCCUACGCAGAAAGAAGAAGGAGACGGACGAGACGGAGCUGAUCCAGGUGGAAGUUGAACAGACAGAAGAAAUCAUGAGGACCCCAGAGAGAGUGUCACUCGACUCAGUUACCAUGUGUACACCGUUGGAUAAAUGGGAAGAGCUGAAUCCUCACCCUGAGAGAAAUGGAAACAGGAAAUGGAAGAUGGAAAGGCGGCGUUCUUCUAAAAAUUCAUCCAAUGAAUUCCUAUGGUCCAUAGACUGUAAAACCCAAUUAGAGGCAUUGAACAAGAACUCCUUGGACGCAAACACCAAAGUGGAUCCAGAGUCUGCUCUAGCAUCUCAACUCAACAGGCAGUAUAUUAGUGGAAGACAUGUAAGCCUCCCUAUGCAUCCUUUCAUAUGACAUUCAAC